AUGCUUAUUGACGAUAUGGCUUAUAUAGAGGCAGGAGCUGCUGGUGUUCAUUUUGAAGACCAACUGGGUAGUGAGAAAAAAUGUGGUCAUAUGGGUGGAAAGGUGUUGAUUCCAACCGAAGAAAACAUCAGACAUUUGAAUGCGGCUCGACUGGCUGCAGACGUUUGUGGAGUACCAACAAUUAUAGUUGCACGCACGGAUGCAGAGAGUGCUCGUUUACUUACGAGUGAUGUCGAUGAACGGGAUCACCAGUACAUCGACCGUCAAGCCGGACGUACAUCAGAAGGAUUCUAUAGACUCAAGAAUGAGACGGCACUUCAGUAUUGUAUUGAACGAGCGAUUCAUUAUGCGCCGUACUGUGAUCUGAUAUGGAUGGAAACGUCACAUCCAACGUUGAGCGAUGCCAGAGAGUUUGCCGAAGGUGUUCGAAAAGAACAUCCAGAUAAGAUGUUCGCCUACAACUGCUCGCCGUCGUUCAACUGGAGGAAACAUUUGCGACCAGUUGAUCUGGAGAAAUUCCAGAAGGAAUUGGGCGCUAUGGGCUUCAAGUAUCAGUUCAUCACGCUGGCCGGUUAUCACUGCAACAGUUUCAGUAUUUAUGAUCUGGCCAGAAACUAUCGUGAACGUGGAAUGGCCGCAUAUUCAGAAUUGCAACAACAGGAAUUCGAUUCUGAAAAGCAUGGUUAUUCGGCCGUCAAACACCAACGUGAAGUCGGUACAGGCUAUUUCGAUCAGGUGGCGAAUGCUGUCUCGGGCGGUAAAGCGUCCACGGUAGCGUUGAGCGGAUCAACCGAAGAUCAGCAAUUCUUCGAUAAACCACACACUGUUACGGCACCACCGGAUGAGGACGAAAUACUUACGAUGACUGCAGUCGAAAAAGAGGGAGAUGAGAAGAUUCUGACACCGGACGCAAUGCGUUUCCUCAAGAAACUGCAUCAGAAGUUUGACUCACGUCGCUUGCAAUUACUGGCCAAGCGACGAAUUGUUCAAGCUUCCAUUGAUAAUUCGGAAUAUUUCCCGGAUUUCAAUCCUGAAACGAAAGCGCUUCGAGAAGAUCUCAGUUGGACUGGUGCUGUCAUACCGAACGAUUUGUUGGAUCGACGAGUGGAAAUAACAGGACCAACAGAUCGUAAAAUGGUGAUCAAUGCGCUAAACAGUGGCGCAAAAGUGUUCAUGGCUGAUUUUGAAGACUCAAAUACACCAUCGUGGAGGAAUCAACUCGAGGGACAGAUGAAUUUGUACGAUGCGGUUAGGGGCGAUAUCUCGUACACACACCCUACCACAAAGAAAGAGUACAGUCUCAAUAAGAAUCAUGCUGGUGAUUGUUUUAAUUCAUAUUAUUUAUAA